AUGGCAAAUGAUAGAGAGGUAUUGCGAGAAGUAUGGGAUGGAAGGCUUCCGAUCAAGUUUUCUAUCGGCGAGGAGGACAGAGAGCUGCUGUUAACAGAGAAGGAUCCUUACUAUAUCUUGGUCCCCAGAAUGACCUACCUCCCCCUCCUCCCUGUCAAGAAACACUUUGAGAGUGCCAUACCCGUCACUGACUCCUCAGAUAAUCAGCCGACAGAGCUGUGGUUCUCCUACAAUGACGUGCCCCUGAAGUGGCAGGUCCCAAUAGGAGUGCUGUACGACCUGGUGGGGGGUGACACUCUGCCUUGGGAGAUUAAACUCAGGAUAUCAGAGUUCCCCGAUGAUAAGCUCUCAAGACUGGGAACUAACCUCGAGGAAAUAGUAAGGAGCAGUUUUAUCCACAACGUUAAAGAAGCAGGGUACAUGAAGCACCGGGGAGCGGUUAUGAUGCACCUCCUUCCGGACCAGCACACUCAACUCUGGAGGGGUCUUCAUAGGGACAAGUUCGACGAUUUCUGGAAGAUAAACCACCGGUUGAUGGAACAUAUAGACAACGCCCCCUACCGGUGUAUUCCCUUCAGAAUUUAUAGUGGUAUUCACGACCGUUACAUUCAAAAAUUUUUCAAGCCGAUGACAAAGGAUGAGAAGCUGACCACGUUGGGACAGCUGUUAAAACAGUUUCUGCCGGAGAGUGUGGUUGAGUCAGAUGACUCUGACGAUCCUGAUGUUAUCAAAUCGUACGAGGUAUCUAACGGGUGGAAGGUGAAGAUACACGGUAUAGAGACGCCUCUAAACACGCCUAUUCAGUGGUUAUCCGAACAUCUCUCUCAUGCAGAUAACUUCCUUUACAUUGUUACCGUUAAUUCUAACAGUUAGCUCUUAUAUAAUAGGGGUUAUUUAGUGGAACGAUUUAGAAUUGGCGGUUUUUCUGAAAUUUCCAUUACAGUCAGCCAAUAAUGCUCUGGUAAUGAAAAUAGAGGGCUUCAGCGAGGGCUAUAUGUUCAAAGUUCCUAGCGUUUCAAGUGGUAAUACCGUGAAGCUGCUUCACGGUAUUACCACUUGAAACGCUAGGAACUUUGAACAUAUAGCCCUCACUAGUCACUAAACGUAUUUUUGACCGUAAAAUCGAUUAAAAGUGGUCCGGUUAUGAUUGGAUUGAUUUUUAUGUGCAUUUUGAUCGGCUGAACGUAUUGAACAUUUCUAAAGAACCGCCAAUCCAAAAUCGGUGCACUGAGUGAUCUUGCAAACUGUUAACUAGCCAUAUUCUUAGUAGGGAAGGUAUGGUCGUUUUAGUGCUGAUUGAGCGACCUGAUCUUCAUUUUGAUCCGUGUGAAUUUAGGUGCGAGUUAUCAGGUUGUAGCCUGUAGGUUGAAUUUUAAAAUGUGUGAUUAAAUUGUCGAACUUUGUGUAGGGAAAAAUUACGGGAAAUCAAGUUUAAAUGAAGUGAUGCUCGCAGUUGAAUAUGUAUUGGAUAGUGAAAAUGAAAUAUUCAACCAUUAUUUCGUAAUCAGAGAGUGUUAAUUUAGAAUUUGCAAUUUGCAGCCGCUGGACGGUCUUUUUAUUUGAACUUUUUCUGGUUUCCGCGUGAUCUUGUCCUGAUUUCGUUUUUAGGGCGAUUAAAGAACCAGUUGAGCAAACUUCGUAGACGACAAAUGCAAUGAUUCAGCCUGUAGUUUAAGUGUUUUGUUGUCCCACUGUGCAGGAUUUUCGAGUACUCAAUUUUAAGAUUUCGUCUCAUGGUUUGGCACAGUUUUGGUAAUAACAUUCUGUUAAUCUCAUUGUUUAUUUUUAGCUGUUAGUAUAAUGUUGAAUGGAAUUUUAUGAUUUCCUUUUGUUGCAUACCGGGCAUCUUAUCAUUCACGUGACACUAUUCAAGAGUCAAAACUAUGUAAUCAAGGGAGCUUUCGUCGGAUUGUAUAGUUUUGAUUAUAAUUAUUGUUGUUUUUAAUUUUGUAUGAUAUGAGAUAUUUUGUAUAGCUAGGAUGCUUAACUGAUUUACU